UGUGUUCAGAGGAAAUGGAAAAAGGAAAUCACUUGGAGGUGACUGAGUUCAUUCUCUCAGGACUGACAGAUCGUCCGGAGCUGCAAGUCCCCCUCUUUGGGGUGUUCCUACUGAUUUAUGGUGUCACCCUGGUGGGGAAUGGAGGGAUGAUCUUGUUAAUCAUGAUUGACCCCCCAUUCCACACCCCCAUGUACUUUUUCCUCAGUAAUUUGUCUUUCUGUGACCUCUGCUUAUCCUCGAUAAUUUCCCGUAAGAUGCUGCUGAAUUUCAUAGCUGAGAAGAAAAGCAUUUCAUACUUUGCCUGCGCUGUGCAAAUGAAUCUCUCUGUUUUUACAGAUGUUGAGUGCCUCUUGCUGGCUGUGAUGGCAUAUGACCGUUAUGUGGCCAUCUGUAACCCACUGCUCUAUACGGUCACCAUGUCCAGGCAGUGUUGUAAACGGAUUGUGGCUGGAGUGUACGCUAUGGGGUUUGUGGAUUCAAUGACAUACACGUGUUUUAUAUUUUGGCUGUCAUUCUGCAGCUCUAACAUCAUCAAUCAUUUCUUCUGUGACUUCACCCCGUUGUUGGUGCUCUCUUGCUCUGACACCCGCAUCAAUGAGAUUGUGAUCUUUGCUUUCACAUGCCGCAUUACAGUGAUCAGCUUUGUGACUGUGCUCCUCUCCUAUGUCUAUAUCAUCUCCACCAUCCUGAAGAUCCGCUCUGCCAUGGGCCGGCACAAAGCCUUCUCCACCUGCUCUUUCCACUUGACUGUGGUGGUCCUGUUUUAUGGCACCCAACUCUUCGUGUAUUUACAUCCCACCUCCAGUUAUUCCAUGGGCACAGACAAAGUGGCCUCAGUGUUUUACAUGCUGAUGAUCCCCAUGUUGGACCCCCUCAUCUACAGCCUGAGGAACAUGAAGGUGAAGGACGCUCUGAGGAGAGCAAUGAAUAAACUCCUAACCAAUUCCUGA